CAAGAUCUGAUUUUUCUUUUCAUUUCCUCAUCCAUCAGGUGAGGUGAAUAGAAGAGGAGAAGGCACAAAGCGUCCUGCAAUUUGGCCGGGAGAUAGAAAAAACAUGGAAUUUUGAUCCUGGCCUGCCACUAACUGGGUUCUUAUUGGUGUCAUAGAGAAGGCCAAAAUCAGUUCUACUUUUGCUUCAUUGCUGCAGCCAUGGCAGCGCUGCUUCACUGUGAUUCCAGGCGGCUGUAUUCUUGGUGGUGGGACAGCCAUAUCAGCCCGAAGAACUCGAAAUGGCUUCAAGAGAACCUUACAGAUAUGGACUCCAAAGUUAAGGCAAUGAUCAAGCUUAUUGAAGAAGAUGCGGAUUCCUUUGCAAGAAGAGCAGAAAUGUACUAUGAAAAACGGCCAGAGCUAAUUAAAUUGGUCGAGGAGUUCUACCGAGCAUACCGGGCUUUAGCUGAGCGAUACAAUCAUGCAACAGGCGAGCUUCAUCAGGCUCACCGAACCAUGGCAGAAGUGUUUCCCAACCGAGUCCCUUUUGAACUGGCAGAAGAUUCAUCUUCAGGAUCUUCAACACACGAGCUUGAGCCAGAUGAUUUUCAUAAUGAAGCAUCAGACCCCAGUGUAAGCAAAAAGGGUUUGAAAAAUCCAAGUGACAUGCUUGGGGAAGAAGAAAAACUAGAUCAUUCAAAGCUUGCCAAACAAAGGAUGAGGGAAGGCCUGAAGCUUGAAAAGGAGGAGAAAGAAGGAAAUUCUGAGAUUCAGAAUUUGAGGAAAACAGUUGCUGAUUUAUAUGCUGAGAAAGAGGCUAUCCUUCAUCAAUAUCGUCAGAGUAUGGAAAAGUUGUCCAAUCUGGACGUGGAACUGAGUCGAGCACAACCAACUCCCAUGGGGUUUGAUGAACAAGCAAGCAAUGCCAUGACAGAAGUUCAAUCGCUGAAGUUAGCGCUUGUUAAGUUGGAGGUUGAAAGGGAUGCCGGUUUUCUUCUACACAGCGAGUCUUUGAGAAGGAUGUCUAAUUUGGAGUCUGCAAUAUCUCAAGCUCAAGAGGAUGCAAAAAGGCUAACAGAGAGAGCAGUUAGAGCUGAAGUUCAAUCGAAAUAUUUAGCGAAAGAACUCUCUAGAUUGGAAACAGAGAAAGAUGCCCCUAUUCUCCAGGAUAGCCAUGGUCUCAAAGAAACAUCUGAUUUGGAAAAGAAGCUCUCAAUUGCCCAGGAGGAAGCUAGACUGCAAAGUGAGAGGGCAGAUAGGGCUGAAACUGAAGUAAGAAGCCUGGAAAAAUCUCUUGCUGAACUUAAUGAAGAGAAAGAAGCUGCAGCUCUUCGGUAUGAACAGUGCUUGAAGGAAAUAUCCAAGCUGCAGAAUGAACUCUCUUGUACCCGAGAGGAAAUUGGACGGCUUAACAAUACGGUUGUGAUGGAGACUGCAAAACUAAAGAGUGUCGAACAGAAGUUGCAGUUAGAGGCCGACAACCUAGCUAAGAAGAUUGCGGUGAAAGAUGAUGAACUUGCCAAGAAGCACCAGGACUUGGAGAAACUCCAGGCUCUUGUGCAGGAUGAGCGUCUGCGUUUCGUGCAAGCUGAAGCCACUUUGCAUACUUUGCAGAGCGUGCACUUUCAAUGUCAAGAACAACAGAGAUCUUUAGCGAUGGAGCUUAAAAACGGACUUCAAAUGUUGAAGGACUCGCAUGCAAGUAAGCGUGGAUUGGAGGAAGAAAUUCGGCAGGUUAAGAAUGAAAACAGGAUCCUGAAUGAACGUAAUUCAACAUCCAGCAUUUCGAUAAAGAAGCUGCAAAAUGAACUGCUUGGCCUGCAGGAGAUGAAGAAGAAACUCGAGGAGGAGGUUAGAUUUCAUAUGGAUCAUACUAAUUCCCUUCAGCAAGAAAUUCAUCAUCUAAAAGAGGAUAGCAAGCAUUUGAACAAACGAUAUCAUGCUUUAAUGGAUCAAGUGGAGCCAGCAGGUUUGAACCUGGAAAGCCUUGGGUCAUUGCUAAAGGAUUUGCAGGAUGAAAACUCGAAGCUGAGACAGAUAUGCAAGGAGGACAGAGACGAGAAACAAGCUCUAUUGAAGAAAUUGGACAGCAUGGAGCAACUUUUAGCCAAAAACGCUUUCCUGGAGAGAUCGCUUUCAGAUUUGAGUAGCGAGUUGCAAGGUUCACGGGAAAAGAUCAAAGAAUUGCUAGAGUCUUGCCAAUUGCUUAAUGGAGAAAAAUCUGCUCUUGUUGCUGAGAAAACUGCCUUUCUGUCUCAGUUACAAAUUGUUACUCAGAACACGGAAAAGCUCCUAGACAAAAGCACCAUUCUUGAGAAUUCCCUCUGUGGUGUUAAUGUCAAACUUGAAGGUUUGACGGCCAAAUCAAGGAGCCUAGAAGAGCUGCCCAAGCCUUUGAAAACCGAGAAGUCUAACCUUCUUCCCCAGGGUAGUGCCCUCGCUUUUCAGUCAGAUAAUGUUGAACAGAUGCUGGAGACACUGGAAAAGAGAUUUGCAGAAUUUGAACAAAAAUGUAUUGUCCUGGAAAGAGACAAAGACUCCACACCCUCCCAAGUUGAAGAACUAAAGGUUUCUCUAGGUGUAGAAAAGCAAGAGCUGGCUAGUUUUGCACUGUCUGGUGGCUCUCAAUUGUCUAGUCUGGAAAACAUCAUCCAAGUCCUGCAAGAAGAAAUCAGGCAGAGGACAAGAGAAUUUGAAGAAGGAUUUGAUAAAACUAUCAAUACCCAAUUUGAGAUCUUCAUCUUACAGAAGUUCAUGCAAGAUAUGGAACAUAAGAAUUACUCUCUGUUGGUCGAGUGCCAAAAAAAUGCUGAGGUGUCCAAAUUGGCAGAAAAACUGAUUUUGGAGCUGAAGCACGAAAAUCUUGAACAAAAAGUGGAAGCGCAACAUCUGUUAGAUGAAACUGAAAAGAUGAGGCUAGAUAUGUAUCAAGUGUUCAAGGCUCUUGAAGCUGGUCAGGAUCAUGAUUCAGAUGAUAAGAUGGGAAAUGAGCAAAUAGUUGUGCAUCACGUUAUAGAGAAAAUUGAGGAUAUGAAGAGGUCUCUCUCAAAUUACGAAGAUGAUAGACAGCGGUUGUUGGUUGAAAAAGACAUUCUUCAAACCCUGCUCGAGCAAAUGAGAAUAAAGGGAGUGGAAAUUGUGUCAGAAAAGAGUCUCCUAGAUCGGGAACUCAAAAUUUCAAACGAGCAGCUCUUGAUGAUGCAAAAGGAGAAGCAUGGACUUCUAGAGAUGAACAGGCAGCUGAACUCAGAGGUGAUUAAGGGACAGCAACAGGCAAAUGCACUUGAGACUGAAAUGGCAAGGCUUCGGGUGCAACAGGAAGAUCUGCACAGGGCUUACCUCAAGUUGCAGGAAGAAUAUUCUGAAGCAGUUGAAGAAAACAGGUCUGUGGCAAAAAAUCUCUCGGACUUGAAGGAGGAGAAGUACACAGUGGAAGAGCAAAACACUUCUCUCUUCCUUGAAAACUUAGUUCUCAAUAACCUUUCCUUGAUUUUGAAGAACUUUGGUACUGAGAAAGCCAAGGAACUGAAAUUACUUUUGGAAGAUCAUAGCAAUCUUCAAGGGCUCAAUGGUGAACUUUCAGAUGAGGUUGGUUUAUUGAGAGGAAAGUUGGAAUUGAAAGAAACAGAAAAUUUACUACUAAAAGAUUCUGGGGAGAAGCUAGAUAAGCAGCUCCUCCAGGUCACAGAUCUAAGUAAUCAGCUGAGGCAGGAAAACGAUUUUUUUCUCCAGGAAACAUUAGUUCUCCAAAACCUUUCAUUUGUUUUUGAGAACUUCGGUGUUGAGAAAGCUGCGGAACUAAAAUCACUUGCUGAAGAUCUACACAACCUUCAAGCGGUCAAUGAUGUCCUUGUAGAGGAGGUUGGUUUAUUGAGAGGAAAGUUGGAACUGAAAGGAACAGAAAAUUUACUACUUAAAGAUACUGGGGAGAAGCUAGAUAAGCAGCUCCUUCAGGUCACAGAUCUAAGUAAUCAGCUGAGGCGAGAAAAUGAUUUUUUCCUCCAGGAAGCAUUAGUUCUCCAAAACCUUUCAUUUGUUUUUGAGAACUUCGGUACUGAGAAAGCUGCGGAACUAAAAUCACUUUCUGAAGAUCUACACAACCUUCAAGCGGUCAAUGAUGUCCUUGUAGAUGAGGUUGGUUUAUUGAGAGGGAAGUUGGAAUUGAAAGAAACAGAAAAUUUACUACUAAAAGAAGCUAGGGAGAAGCUAGAUAAGCAGCUCCUUCAGGUCACAGAUCUAAGUAAUCAGCUGAGGCGGGAAAAUGAUUUUUUCCUCCAGGAAGCAUUAGUUCUCCAAAACCUUUCAUUUGUUUUUGAGAACUUUGGUAUUGAGAAAGCUGCGGAACUAAAAUCACUUUCUGAAGAUCUACACAACCUUCAAACGGUCAAUGAUGUCCUUGUAGAGGAGGUUGGUUUUUUGAUAGGAAAGUUGAUAAUCAAAGAAACAGAAUGUUUUCUUCUUGAAGAUUCUGUGGAGAAAUUGGAUGAGGAGCUCCUCGAGAUCAGAAAUCUAAAUAGCCAGUUGAGACAGGAAAUUUCGACUGGAAACGAUUUCCUUUGUCGAAAGGAAACAGAAAUUUCAGAGUUGUGCACAGCGGUGGUGAGAUUGAAAAUGCAACAUGAGGAAUUGAGACUCAUUAAAGAGAACUUAAACAGGCAUAUUCAUGAAUUAUCUGAAGAGAUUAUGAGCCGGAACAAGGAUAUAGAAUGUCUUCAGAAAGUUAAUGGAAGCUUUGAGUCUGAAUUGGGCAUGUUACAUGAAGAGAUUGAAGAGCAUAUAAUCAAAGAAGAGAGCUUAAGAUCAGCACUGCAAGAGAUUAGCAAUGAGUGUCAGCUUUGGGAAUCUCAGGCUGCGAAAUUCCAUUUUGAUCUACAAAUCUCCACUGUUCGGGAAGUACUCUUUGAGAACAAGGUUUAUGAACUUGCUGGAGAAUGUGCUACUCUUGAAAAUCUAGGUGCUUCUAAGACAGUUGAGAUUGAACAGGUGAAAGAAAGGGUUAGUCUCAUGGGAACAGAAAUUGGAAGCCUCAAAGCCCAGUUAUUUGCAUAUGCUUCUUUCAUAGAGACUCUGAAAGACAAUGUAGCAUCACUUGAGCACAAUAUCCUCUCUCAGACUGAGCCCAACAAAGCUGACAAUCAGGACCCAAAGGAUGUGGAAUUGGAUGUUCAUGUUCAUGUUCAAGGGAUAAUAAGCUCACAGGAAGCGGCGGAAGAUAACAUGUCUGUGACAUCGAAUCGGAUUCCAGAGUUGCAGGAUCUGCAGACAAGGAUUAAAGAAAUUGAGAAGCAAGUAAGAGAAGAAAAGAGGAGGCUUGCAAUGCAGAAGGAAGAGAUGGAGCUGGGGGCUGAGUUCAGUGUCGGUGACAAUCUCAAGUUGCAGAAAACACAGCCUGAAAUAUCUGAAGAAAGGAAAGGGAUAUUAAUGAAGGAUAUUCCGCUUGAUCAAGGCUCCGAUGGUUCAUUGCUUGGAAUAAAUCAGAAGAGGAGGCGGCGGCAUCAUGGGGCAGAAGGCCGGAUGAUUGAGCAAUGGGAAACUGCCAAGGACAAUGGUAGCCUCGAUCGCGCAUUCAAAGAGUCACCCGAGCAGAAAAGAGAAGCUCCUCCUCCUCCUCCACAGUUACAAGCAGACGAGGAUCUGGGUAUUGACAAGUCCGAGACAAACCAGGAGUUGGACAGGAGAAUGCUCUUGGAGAGACUUGAUUCUGAUGCCCAGAAGUUGAAGAGCCUUAAGAAAACAGUGCAAGAGCUCAGAAGGAAACUGGCGAGCAAGAAGAAGAGGAAGAAGGCAAAGAAUGUUGACUUCGAGAGGAUGAAGGAACAGUUGCAUGGAGCCGAGGAGACCAUUGUGCAGCUGGCGGAGGAGAAUGGCCAGCAGAUGAGAGAAGUGGAGGACAGCUCCUUGUCUUCUGAUGAAAUGGGUCACACGGAGUUGGAAGAGGGCGUGUUUGAACAGGCGCGAGAAGAAUCUGAGAGGAUCAGAGAGUUGCAAUCAGAGGUUCAAAAGAUCGAGUCCGUCCUGUCCAAGUUAGAGGAAGAGGAUGAAGCGAGAAGCGGAGGGAAGAUCCAAAUUUUCAGGAGCAGAACAAGCUUUAUCCUCAGCAGAUUCAUCUUCAGAGGGAGGAGUGGGAGAGCUUGCCCCUGUAAGUGUUUCAGGCUUCCAGCUAGAGUUUAAUUAGGAUGAUGGUAGCUACAUGUAUCUACUCUUUGAAACUUUCAUCAAAUAAUGUUUUUUUUAAGUGCCAGAUAUUUAAGGGAUAUGCCAUAAUGAACAAGAGAAAUAGAAACAUGCAAAACCCUACAUCAAGUGCAAAAUCCUACUAUAGCAAUGAUGGCUUAGCGGCGACUUUAAGAUAAUAUUAUAAUGUUUAAAAAUUAGAAAUUGCCUUGCAAGUCAAAACUCCACUUCUCUCUCUCUCUCAAAUUUCACCAAAACACUAAUUAAGAUGCCAAGUACAAUUCCUCCAUUCAGAAAUCCAUACAUCAAUUUAAAAAAAAAAAAAGGAAAUCCCCGGAUCGUUCAUCUAAGCUCCAAUCACCUCCGCUUCUACUGUCACAGGCUCCUCAGCAGGCCUGUCCAAUUUCACCCCAACAUCCUCCGUUGAAUAGUCACCAUGGACCUGCAU